AUGCAGGGAAUUCGUCUUCUGCAAAAACAGAACAAGAGUUUGGAGGAGAYAAGAACGGUCUGUAUGCUUGGGACUUCAAAGUCUAAGAGAGUUUUGAUUUUGUACUGCACAUGUGAAAGACUUAAGUGUAACAUGGUAAGUUCUUCGAGCACUGCCUGCUCUUUUGCAAUGAUCUCUGCACAGCAGCCACCAUUCCCCAACAAAAUUCAAAGAACAAUGGACUGCCAAUCCAAGGAAGAAGAAACCUGUGAAGAGCACUAUGACUCUGAAAACUGCACUUGCAACUCCAAGCAUGCAGAAUCYGAUGCAGGUUCACCAGUAAUUCUUAAAAUACUGCAGAACUGGGUCCCCAGAGUUUCACACUACUUUGAUAAGGAGCAUUAUACGUAUGUUGGCCACCAGAUCGUCAUUCAGGAGUCCAUAGAACACUUUGGAGCCGUGGUUUGGCCGGGGGCACUGGCUUUAUCUCAAUAUCUGGAAUCAAAUCAAGAACAAUUCAACCUCAAAGACAAAAAGGUUUUGGAAAUUGGUGCUGGAACAGGCUUGCUUUCCAUUGUGGCCUGUAUCUUAGGAGCUCACGUUACAGCAACUGAUUUGCCUGAAGUUCUUGAAAAUCUCUCCUAUAAUAUUUCAAGAAAUACACAGAACUUGAAUAUGCACAAACCUGAAGUGAGAAAACUGGUAUGGGGAGAAGGCCUCAAUGAAGACUUUCCUGUGUCAACUUACCAUUAUGAUUUCAUACUGGCAACUGAUGUCGUGUACCAUCAUGCAGCUCUGGACCCCCUGCUAGCAACAAUGGUGUACUUUUGUAAGCCAGGAACAGUAUUAUUAUGGGCAAAUAAAUUCAGAUUCAGUACAGACUAUGAAUUUUUGGAAAAAGUUUCUAAUAUAUUUAACACAACCAUUCUAGCAGAAUUUCCAGAAUCAAAUGUCAAGCUGCUUAAAGCCACAGUAAGAGAGAAUUAAAUAGAAAAUCAUUAUUGAUCUUGACUUGUGGCAGCACCUCACAGUUUGGAUGCUUCCCAGAAUUAGGUUGCACCUUCUGUGCGUUUAUGCUUGUAAAGUUGCAGUUGCAUCUAAGUUUUGCAUUGCAAGUAUGAAAAAACCAGCAAGGCAAAAGCUAUGGAUAUUUGUCUCUGGUUGAUACAUAUGACCUGUUCCAACUGRCCAAUUCCCCUCCACUGAAGAACAAUGUUCAUAGCAAUAGUUAGUAAGGUUUUAACAAAAUCAUUGAUCUUCUGGGUUGCACUGAACUUCUGUUGUUU